UGCAAAAUAUACAAUGAUAACUAGAAUGUUUUACAGAUUUUAAUAGACUAGACUAAUAGACUAUGAAAUUUAAUAGUCUACAUAAAAUUUAACCUGGUAUAUAAAUACAAGUAAUUUGAGUGUACCGUUUCCUUAAUAAUACUACUACUACUAAUAAUAAUACUGCCAAUGAUAAUGCAUACAAUAACAAAAAAUGCACCCCAAAUACAGUUAUGUGCAAGGAAAAUAUGUAUAUUUGGCAAAAGAGAGAAUAAGGAUGCUCCUUUAAGAUAAUUCCUUAAUUUCUUUCAUUAUUAUUAAUAACUGUAAUCAUUUUUAUUCCUUAGGCAUAGAAAAAGAAAUCAAAAAGCAAAAGUAAUACAGUGGUAUUAAAACAGGUAAGCUAUAAAUUACAGAAAAAUGAUUCAGAAGAAAAUAGAAAUAUAAGAAAUAUGUUAUAUUAAGUAAAAUUAGUUAAGCAUUUUCUCCCUAACUAGAAGCUAUACUGCUGGUGAAAUGUCUGUCUAAAGCAAAUGCAUCACAGAUUGUGCGUCCAUAGAGCCUAUUACAUCAUGACACAUUAACUUCUUGCUAAGUCACCAAUGACUUCAUUUUCUAAAUACAGCUUUUACAUAUUGUUCAUUUGUGUCAUUCAGUGUCAUCAUUGUUGUUCAUUAUGUUAACAAGGCCAGCAAACGUUGUGAUCUUUGUUGUUGUCACCAUUCCAUUGUGUCUCCACUGUCCUGAGUUCUGCUAAUCUUCAGUAUUGGCUUUCCUAAGGGGCUUUAGUAGCUUGGAUGUUUUGGUUCAGCAGAUAUCAGCUGAUUGACUCAUAGUGCAAACAAAGCAGCCAUAUUGGAAGGACCAUUAGGUAUGAAGUCAGGAAACCCGAUGCACUGGUCUCUACUGAAAGCCUGGGGCUGUGUUUCCAGAUUUAGCAAUGGGCUUUGCUUCAGGGUGUCAUGGCGAAGACUUUCCAGGCUCAGGCUGGGGCUUUGUGAACCACACGAUAGCGGAGGAGGAAGAGGACGACUUUCUGAGGAGCAGAUGGUCUGGACCACUUAAGCAUCCACACCAUCGACCGGUUAGCCCUGAUCGCACCAGGAGCCUGUCCCUGGAGAGCGACCUGCCGGUUUCCUUCUUAAUCCGUAGCGCUGCACUGGAGGACCUCACCGCUGUUGGAGACAAGAUAAGAGAAGGAGAAGGUGAUGAAGCUCCUGCUUCUGAAGAAUCUCCUCAACAAGGACUUCUUUCCAUUCAGGAUUUUCAGAGCAAUCAUGAGGAUGCUUCUUGGACUGCAACUUCCCAACCAAAGGAGUCAACACUUCUUGCAGAGGGAGAUAUGCCCAGUUUAAGCAUCUCACAUUAUGCCAAUGGCUCUGUGUCAGUGGAUCCAAGUCUUCUUGAGUGUGGUCAAAGUAGUUCUGGACCAAAGCAGGAUUUUUCUAGUACCAGGUUCCAACCAGACGUUGAAGAAGAAAAAGAAGAAGAAGAUGUUGAAGACUUCUUGAAGUCUUCAAGAGAUGAUUCCAAUGGACCUCAAAAGGUCCAAGGUGCUCAGCUUCACCGUACUCAAGGGUUGCAAGACUGGAAGACUGAAGAUCCAGAGAUGGAAGGGGAUGAGGUCUGUUGUCCUUCAAAAAGCCAACUUGGAUCUUCAAGCACCUUCAGUGGCUCACCGGCCAGAAAAUCUCUAGUUCCCGUGGCUCAGUUUAAAGGUCUGUCCUGCCGUGUUCACCCAAGUCCCAGUGCAGUCUCUCUCUUGUUUUGUUUCCCUCCACCUUUGCUUUACCGAGCAGCUUAACUGUGCCGCACUUGUGUCUUCCCUUAUAAAAAAAACAGCGCCUGGUGACAUUAAUGCAGCAUUGAAGAAAGAAAAUGGCUUGUUGCCCCACAGAAUUUUUUUUUUUUUUUUACAUUUCGAUUUCUUUGAUUGUAAUUUUCUCACCCUGCCAUGCUUUGAAUACUCUUGGUUGGCGGUCUUGCGGCUUGUUUUUGCGCUGAUUGACAGAAAAGCUGUUUGCUGGCCACAUUUCCAACAUUUCCACAAGUGCUGUUUGGCAUGUCACAACUGCAUGUGUGUGUUUAUGUGUUUUUUGACACCAAUUGUACAAAAAAGUCAUUUUUAAGCACAUGAGUGUAGGAACCCUGUACUGUAAUGUAUAUUGAUAUACAAUAUAUCCAGUCAAGAAAAAAAAAGACCUGAGUAAACAUACCAUUUUACAGUAUACAAAUGUGACCAUUGGACCACCAUUGGGAAAAAUGGUUCAAAAAAAUGUUCAACCCUUUUAAAUUGUUUGGUUUGACACAAAGUU